GAGACAACCCUGCGGAUGUACCUGACCAAUUGGCAAAGCGUGGUGUUGGACUGGAAUCACACUGCGUACCGCAAGCGAACGCACGCACGACACGAGGAUGAUUCGGACCCUGACUCAUCCCACGUGAGUAUACGUCUGGAUGAUAGAUACACCCACGCGAACCGGAAGCUUCGGACUCUGGAGAAACGGCACUUUUGCUCCCCUCUGAUCCUGCGCUUACAGCGCAUCAUAGGCGCCACUUCCUCACAUUUGGCUGCCUGCGACGACGAGGAGGAGCCGCCAGUGCCUCCACCAUUCGCGUUUGGCCAUGGUGUUUUUCCUUCGUUUGCGGAGCAGUUGGGAGCUGACGUGUGGACCGUAUCCGUAGGGCCCCUGCCUCGACAAAAACCGAAGCUGCUGUUCCACCUCGACAAACACGACUUGACACCCCAAGGUCGCAUUGAGCGAGAGCUUCGUCUCGUCGAGGAAUACUGGAC